AUGGCAAGUAUUAAUGGAAUAAAAGUUAAAAGUCAAUCGCAGAGAGAAGAAACUAAUCUGGAAUCAUCAGAUAUCUACGAAAUGUUUUUGACAUUAGUGAAUACAGUCCACGAGUUUAACCGAAUCUUCGGUUGGCAGAUUUUAUUCCUGUGUGGAACAUUCGUGCUCUGUAUUCUUCACGUCAUUAACUUGAUGAUUGUCGUAUUGAAUUUUCAUACUUGGGACGAGAUUUACAUUGAUUUUUGGGUUAUGUUCAUUUCAUAUCUACUCACCACGUUGAUGUUGUGUAUACCAUUUGCGUCUUCCUACAAUGGCGCCGCCGAUGAAGCAAAACUAACCUCAUUGUUAGCCUACUCACUACUAACACGAAAACAUCAACAAAACAAACAUUUCGCCGAGUCUUGUAAAUAUUUAGAGCUUUUAGCCAAUAUUCCUUGGCCAGGAUUCUCAGCUGCAGGAUUUUUCGAUGUUGAUCACACAAUGUUGUUUACGCUUUUUGGUUCAGUAACUUCAUAUCUAAUUGUCCUGAUACAACUCAAGGACAUGAGCAUGUAACUUCAAAUGGAAA